AUGAGUGCGGUUCAAUCGCCGGUACCAGUGGCCGAUGGAGCGUAUAAGAAGAGACGUAGAAGAAGAAAGACCGGCAAGAAUGUUCAUGAAGCUGAGGCCGAGGUUGAGGUUGAGGUUGAGGUGGCCACUAAUGGCAUCAAGCGUCAGAACAAGAAGACCAAGUUUUGUGAUGAUGAUGAGGAGAGUGAAAAGGAGCAUAGGGUGAGCGAAGAGCAUACAGACGUGAAUGAAGAAGCUGGUGAUGUCUUUGGCAACGACCUUGGUAAGGACGUAAUCAAAAACGCUAGUGACGGAAUUAAAGACAGUAAGGGUAAAAAGGAAAAUGUUACAGGUCACAUUAAAUCUUCAUCUAAACGUCACCAGCCAAAAGUGGUUUCUUUAGAUUCAGACGAUGAUGAUGAAGGUGACUUCUUCAACCCCAAGAACGUGGUCUCUAAGUCACAACUACAAGCCAGGGCUCAAGCACUUCUCGACAUACGACAGGACUUACCUAUCUACCAACAUAAAGAUGAAAUCCUCAGACAUGUUAAUGAGAAUAGUGUUACGGUUAUUAUUGGUGAAACCGGGUCCGGUAAAUCCACUCAGAUCCCACAGUUUUUAAUGGAUGGUGUCAGUAACGAUAAGAGACAAAUAGCAGUCACACAACCUCGUAGAGUCGCUGCUGCUACGUUGGCCAAACGUGUGAGUGAAGAACACGGAUGUCAAUUGGGCCAAGAAGUGGGUUAUCAAGUUCGAUUUUCUAAUAUCACCAGUGCCAAAACCAAGUUGAAAUAUUUGACUGAUGGUAUGCUUUUAAGAGAGAUAAUGAUAGAUAAAAAUUUAUCUAAAUAUUCUACGGUUAUUAUUGAUGAAGCUCAUGAAAGAACAGUAUUGACUGAUCUUGUAAUGGGGUUCCUUAAACAAUUAUUGGCAACCACUCGAAAGAAGGAUUUAAAAGUCAUAGUCAUGUCUGCUACAUUGAAUGCUAAACUCUUUAGUGAAUUCUUCAAUAAUGCCCCUGUCCUCUUCAUUGAAGGUAGGAUGUUUGGUGUCGAUAAUUACUAUUUGACUGAAUCAACUGAUGAUAUAGUCGAUACUAUGAUUAGGGCUGUUGUUCAAAUUAAUAAUGGUGAACCAAGAGGUGAUAUCUUAUGUUUCUUACCUGGGCAAGAAGAAAUCGAUAAUGCAGUAGCCACAUUAACAUCUAUAAGCUCACAAUUACCUCGAGAGGCUCCUUUAAUUGUUGCAUGUCCUUUAUAUGCUGCCUUGUCUCCUCAACAACAACUGCGUAUCUUUGAUAAAUUGCCAGAGAACAAGAGGAAAGUUAUCUUAGCCACUAACAUUGCUGAAACCUCUAUUACUGUUAGUGGUGUGAAAUAUGUGGUAGAUUCGGGUUUAAGGAAAGUCAAAGUCUGGAGACAUCAAUUGGGAUUAUCCACAUUACUUACCACGCCAAUUUCUAAAGCUUCGGCUAAACAAAGAGCUGGUAGAGCCGGUAGAGAAGCAGCUGGAGGUAAAUGUUUCCGAUUAUAUCUGGAAUCAACAUUUAAUGAAUCACUUCCAUUACAACAAGAAUCGGAAAUCUUACGUAAUGAUGUCAUUUACCCGGUUCUAACCCUUAAAAAAUUGGGUGUAGAUGACUUACUUAAUUGGACUUGGUUGGAGUAUCCUGGUAAAGAGUCGAUUUUACUGGCACUCAAUGUUCUUUAUUCAUUGGGAGCAUUAAAUGAUCAAGGGAAAGUCACUAGUGUGGGGGAGAAGAUGGCCAUGUUACCUUUACCUCCACAAUUAUCUGUAGUGUUAUUAACAGCCAUUGAAAAUGGAGUUCUUGCCCCAGUGUUGGAGAUCAUUGGAUGUUUAUCUGUUGAUAAUUUGAUUCUCAAUGUCAAUGGAGAGUUAAGAGACGAAGUUAACUUGAAACGUCGUCAAUUUUGUCCCUUGGGUACCCAAUGGGGUGAUCUUAUUCUGAUGUGGGAAUAUUAUCAAGUGUUUAAAGAGAAUAAGCUGAGAAAUUGGUGUAAAGAGAUGUUCUUUAGUUAUAAAGGGUUCAAGAAUGUUGAACGUGUUAUCCAUCAAUUGAAGCAGUAUGUUAGAAACAUCACCGACAAUAACAGUGGAGAUAAAACCGAUAUUGGUGAUGAUGAAGACAAUGAGACUACCCAACUUUCUAACAACACCAAAGAUAUCCCUAUGAUUCUUAAGUCGUUUCUCAAAGGAUUCAUCACCAACGUUGCAGUGGGUAUGCCUGAUCGAUCAUAUCGUACUCUUAACCAUGGUGACUUGAUUAGUGUUCAUCCGUCAUCUACUCUCUUUGGGAAGCCAAAUGUUGAUGCCAUUAUGUACAUUGAAUACGUGUACACUUCCAAAGGGUAUGCGCGUACUUGUUCUUCUAUAGAACUAUCUUGGGUCCAAGAAGUUGCACCUCAUAUUCUUGGAGCCAGCAGAACCAGUUUACAUCAAUAA